CUUUACCCCUGAGAUUUGAUCGAAAUCUCGCCAUAUCAAUUUGCUUCUUCUUGGUGUAUCCUAUAUUGUCUAUGGUUCGACAUUACCUUCGGCUGUGAUUGCCGAAAAUCGAAGCUCUGAGCUCUGUAUUAUCUGUGCUAUUUUCUAUAGGAGGAGUCAGUCAUCAACAAAGGUUUUGGUGGUUUUUUAUCAAGGUUUACAAGGUGUUUGUUUGUUCUGAAGUUCAGUUUGUUAUCUUUGUUGAACAUGUAUCGGUUUUAGUCUAGAGUUUCAAUCUCUGUUUGUUUAUGUUUAGUUUGUGUCUGUGUUUUCCUUGGUUAAGGCUUACUUUCUAAGAAAACCUUUGUUUUCGCUAGCAUCUUUGCCAAAGUCUUUUCUUUGUACUGUUGGUUUUUCAGUGUGUAAAAAUGUAUUUUUCUUUGGAUGAACGAAAUCUUUCAGUAUUAAAAAAUAAAGGAACGAAUAAUCGGUAAACCGGUUUGGUUUGGUAACAAACAACUUUUAGUUAACUAAUCAAUCAUGCUUUACACGAGAAAUCGCAAUCAGUUUGGGCGGAUCCAACGGUUCUUACUGCUUAACCCGCUCUUUAUAAAAUACCCGCCCGGAAGUAUCCGACCCGAAAGAUUCUCUCUCUCUCUCUUUCCUAAAGUAACAAACCUUCAAAAAAUUCUGCGAAAUCUGAAAAAAAAAAAUCUGAAGGACGAAUCAGCCUGAGAAGCUUCUUCUCCUUCAAUACUUUGAUCCCACGCAUCGAUCUCGCAUCAAAUCACCGCCGGUCGAUUCGAGUUUUCACAUAGGGUUUUGAUCAUUUCUGAUCCGAUCCACGCUCCUAAAAACUGGUGAUGAAAGUCGAAUGAAGAGAUAUGGAUCUUACCGUAGAGACUUGCGUGGCGUAGUCUCUGAGAGAAUUGCUGAUGGGAGGAGAAACGGGGACAAGUUCGUCGGAGAAGCUGAGAAGAGGCGAUCGAGAAGAGGAGGAUGUGAAGGUUAUCGAGUGGGAAGAGUUCGACCAUGAGCUGACUCGGUUGUGGAGUCUUUCCUCUGCUCUUAAGUUAGCCACAGAGAAGAAGCUAACCCUUCAGCCCAAACUCGAGUCUCUUAUUCAGGUUAGUGCUGAAUCACUGAGACGUAGUAAUGAACUUGAAGAGAUGCGGCAGCGGCUGGAAGCAAGAAAGUUGCUGGUGGAGAAGACAACAGUUGCUUGCAAAGUCACUGAGCAGGAUGUUAAAGUGAAAGAGGAUAGUCUCAGUGCAGAGGUGAGAUCUUUGCUAGUUGGAGGCACAACCCUUUCAAUCGCUAAAAGCAAAUUGCAGGAGUCCAACUGCCAACUAGAAGGAGAGAGUGGUUAUACUCAUCUAAAGAUUGUAACGAAUAAGCUGAGAAAGAGGCAGCAGUACAUGGUAUCCCAAGUUUCAUUUAUCUAUCCCUUGAAGAUUGAGGCUGGACCUUCGCAAGACCAAGAACUGGAGUCACUUCCAGGUGGCAGUAGGUUAGUAGGAACUAAGCCUGUGAGUCAAGGAUCAGUGAGAAUCCUGGGGUUGCCUUUUAGUAUGGCCCCGUUUACAAAGAUGAGCUUCUUCACUGACAAGAAAGAAGUUCAGAAGUCGGCAACUGCCCUAGGAUAUGUAGCUCAUGCUGUGUCCCUAUUAGCUCCCUACUUGGGUGUGCCUAUUCGUUAUCCUUUGCGCCUAGGUGGUUCCAAAACGUACAUUCGAGACUAUGCGCCUUACAUGGAGCCUUCACCAUCAGAUAUGUCUACGAUUUCCACUCUUUCCCAAAGCUCUAAGUUUGUAGAGUUCCCUCUGUUUUUGGAUGGGCAAGAUACAACACGAGCUGCCUACGCUGUCUUCUUAUUAAACAAGAACAUCGAGCAGCUCCUGAACUUUGUUGGGGAAAACAGUCUAGGACCACGUCAGGUUCUAGCUAACCUCAAGGAGCUAAUCAGAAUCAUCCAGUCACCAGAUUAUAUAAUACAUUCUUGAUGAUGGAUGGUGAAGAUAUCCAACACUGUUUUCUCUUCUUGUAGAUGGAUCAACUUCUUCUUACACAUCUUCAGUUGUCUCUUAUUUUAUUUUUUUUGCAUCUUCUCACAAGUUAACAGUUUUUUGGUGAUAAAAAGUCAGGUUUUGUACUCGUUAUAGAACUCUUAGACAUGGAAAUUCUCUUUAGAAUAAUCUCUGUAAGUGUCAUGACAUUUACUGGUUUGGAGAUAGUAAAAGAAAGUCUAGUUCUUGUAA